AUGACCGAGUUGGGCUUGCGGUUCCCCGCGAGCUUUUUCGAAGACUUUGAGAAGCGCUGGGUGCACUUGCCUGGCACCAAGGAGUCCGCUCAGCUCUUCCGAAGGCUUUGGGGCCUGAAGCAGGUGCUGGCGCAUGCGGCCACCGACGGCUUCAAGGCUUACGAGUUUGGCAUCCCGCGGCCGGAUUAUGAUGGGCCAGGCGUGCCGGCGGCGAAACGCGCGCUCCGCCGCAACCUGACCCUUGUGCAGAACCACGUACACCGCAGCCACGGAGGGCUCGCGCGAUACUUGCACAGAGCCGCCCUUUUCUUCGGUAUUCCUGCAGGUCUCAACUCCUACACCACGCCCGCCUUCUCGACAGGCUUCGGAUAUCACUUCGACCCCAGCGACGCCAUCAUCUUGCAAGUCUCUGGCAACAAGUCCUGGGAGCUCUGUGCCCGGCGGCUCACCAACAGCUUCAGCUUUGCGAACCUCACCUACAACCAGGUGCCGGCUGGCGAUGCGGACGUGGCGAACUGUACUGUAGUGGUGCUGCAGGAAGGCGACGCGCUCUAUUUGCCCAUUGGCCAGAUUCAUCGAGCAAACUCGUCUGCAGGCUUGUCAGUUCACCUGACCAUGUCGCUGAACCGGCAGUUUAUCAGCACCGCCGCGGUUCUUUUGAACGUGGCAGAGCAGAUCAACCCCUCCAAGGAGGUGGGAUUUGCGCAGAAGAGCUUCAUCACGUGGCUUCAUGCCACUGCCACAGAUGGCACAUUGUCCUUUCUCCACGACGUGCCCAGCGCCUUUCGCUGUCGCAAAGGCAAGAGCCGACUCUGCGCCCGGCAUGGCUUCAUGGCGAAAGCUUUGGUGGAGGAGGAUGAGCUUGCGGCACUGCCGGAGCGCUGCGCGGCGGAGCUCUCCAGGGCUCUCCAGGUGCUGAAUGCGCAUCCGGAUUCAGCGCAGCCACUCACGAUGAAGGUGCGUAUCACCGGCAAAGAGGAGCCGGUGGUGGGCAAGAUCACGGCCAAGCAGGUCCUCGAGGGCAUUUCCUCCCUGCUGAAGCCCGAGCCUUGUGGUCGCACAAUCGUGGCCUGGCGCCAGUUGCUUGCACGCCAGCUGGCAGAGUAUGCCGUGCCGGAGGAGGAAGAGGAUGUCGUGGGCGUGGAUGACUUGAAGCUCGAUGAGGACCCGCUGUCGGCGCUUGAGGGCCUUGACUUGGAUCAGCUCUUUGUGGACGUGGACGAGGAUGUGCCUUUGGCCUCAAUUGGUGCUUGGGAACCCACGGUGGACUUCGUGUGGGAGUUCCCGGAGGAGGGCCAGGGCCAGGAGGGCCAGGAGGGCCAUGGCGAAGGCCUUUGCUGCCAGCCACUUUCCGCGGAGCAGCAGAUUCUUUGCUCCAACGGCACUGCCUCACCCUUCGCGGGACGGCCAUCAGACGAGCAUCGUGUGCUGAUCACAACGUACGCUACUCAGCACGUGCACGAGUUUGCCCGCUUCUCUUUGUCUCUCAACGCGAACUGGGCUGCGCGCUUCGACCAUUCUUUCGUCAUCGAUACCCGGGACAGAGCUACUGGAGGCGUGGACGUGAAGAAUGCAAAGGUCCUGGUGAAGAAGUACUGGGUGGAUCACCCCAACAUUUCUGACCCGUGGCUCUUGUGGAUCGGCGCGGACGCUGCGCUGGUGGACUUUGGCGAGGAUGUUCUCCGAAGAACGCUGCGUGCACACGCGGCGGAACACACACAGGUGAUCAUCACUCGCGACCCCCACGGCCGUGCGGGCAACUCCAUGUCUCUCUUCAAUGCGGACGUCAUCCUCAUCCGAAGGUCCGCCUGGAGCUCGGCGUUCCUGCAGAGGUGGUGGGAGGAUUGGCGCAUGAAGGAGGGACGCACGGACCAGGAGGUGUUGGAGCUCCUCUAUACAGAGGACGUCAUGGGGGCAGCUUCCAAGUUUGUGCUGCUGGCGCCGAACACGCUCAACUCGGAGUCAAUGAGCAUCGUGGCAGAGGCGCCGGCCCUGCAACCCGUGGUGCACCUCGGAGGCCACAGCGACUCGCUGCGUGCGGGCUUCUUUGAGCAUGCGCUGCAGCUGCUGUGCGAGGGCCGCUUGGAUCGCCACUCCAAGCAGCUGCAGGAGGCAUACAUCGCCCAGCUCUGGCAGCACGCAGAACAGCCCGGAGAGGGCCUGAGCUCCGGGCACCUGCAUGCCUCCACCGCCAUGGGCACCUUCCAGCGCCUGGCUUGGCACCUGGAGGCGCAGAACCGGCAGGAGGAGGCCCUGGCGGUGCAGCAGAAGGCCUUGGCCUUUGCCCGGCAGCGGUUUGGGCGGCACCACCAGCAAGCGACCCUGGCGCAGGUGGCUCUGGGUACUUCGCUCCGGGCGGCGGGCCGCGCCCACGAGGCAGUGAGGCGUUUGAAGGGGGCGUGCCGCGCCAGCGAUCCUCGCGAGCGGUUCACCUGCAUCAACAACUUGGGCUUGGCCCUCGACAGCGCAAACCGUCCUUCAGAGGCCGAGGCAGAAUUCCGGCGGGCGCACACGGGCUUGUCCGAGGCCGGUGCCGACCUUGGGGCCGCCACAGUCGCGCUGAACUUGGCGAACAAAUUGGCGGCCAGAGGUGCUGUGGCAGAGGCAGAGCCGCUGCUGCGGUCCGCGCUCCGCGCCCGGCAGGUGCUGGGUGAGUCGCCGGAGAAGGACGAGGUCCAGGACGCUCUCGCAGCCUUGUUGCUAUCUGCGAACCGAGCAGAAGAGGCGGAGGAGGUCCUGCGAAGUGGCUGGACCACACGGACUGGCGCUGCCGCGGUGCAGGCGCACAGCUCGCUGGGCCAGGCCCUGCGCUUGCAGGGAAAGGCAGAGGAGGCUCUUGAGCAGUUCCGCUUGGCAUACGAGACCUGCCAGCAUGAUCCUGAUCUUGGUGGCCGCGAGAGUCCCAACAGCUAUGCGGCCGCCAGCAACUUGGCGUCCGCUCUACAAGAGGUUGGGCGGUGGGAGGAGGCGGAGAGGCUGUUCCGGUUGGCGUGGCUGGGGCUGCAAAAGACCUUGGGCAACCAGCACGGCAACACACAGAGCGCGCGCUGGGGAGCCUAUGGUCAGGAAGCAGGCAGCUCGCGAGAAAAGCGCUAUGCGUCGGCCAGAAACUUCCAUAUUUGCAAGAUAUCAUUCGGCAAGGCUCGACGGGAUUGGGAGAUCUCGGGAUCUGCAUCGAAGGCGGUGGUGCUGGUGGUGGUGCUGGUGGUGGUGGUGCCGGUGGUGGUGGUGGCGUUGGUGGUGAUGGUGGUGUUGCUGUUGGUGCAGGAGAGUCAAGCGCGCUUGAUGGUGCAUGGCCCGAUCUUCGUGGAGAACCCUGAUGGUUCCAUCACGGAGGCGGUGCCAUCGGAUGCCAAGCAAGCGCGGUUGAAAUCCGAGCGGCGUCGGGAGAACAGCAACGACGGGGACAGCGACAGCAGUGGCACCGGCUCCAACGCCACAGGCAUCAGCAUGACGCAGGAGGUGGAGUUCCUGUACUCGCGCCACGAGAGAGUCUUCAUGCUGUUGCUCUUCAUCCAAUUCCUGCUGGAGUCCCUCUACGCUGCAGUCUUCGUGGUGCGCAUGCGCCCGUCCAUGUUCGAGCUGGAGGCCAUGUACAACUGGGAAAUCUCCCCCAGGACGGCGGAGGUGAUUCUGUGGACAACGCUAGUGAUCCAGGUGCUCUUCGGAGUACUGUACUACUUCAUGGCCGCCUUGGCCAUUUGGACCAAGAGGCCAAAACAUUUUCAGAUAUUUGCGAAGACUUGCCUUUGCGGCGUGGUGGGCCUCGUGCUGUUGGCCUACGCCGACAAGUUCAACUUGCCCAUCUUCUUCUUGCGCUUGCUGGCCUACAUCUACGCCAGGUUCUUGCAGGGGCUCACGGCCAGCAUCUUGUUGUUGCCGCCACGGCGGGAACGCACCGCGAAUGCCUGA